UGGCGGUCAUUAUUUUUGUGAAAGUUUUCCUUUCAACAUUGUGUUGUGUGGUUUAUGUCAAGGAGGCAUAUUGUGGAAACAUUGAAAAGCGGUUUCUUAUUAACAACGGGAGCUCUGUAAAUUCUCAUCUUCAAGAUUUACAAAGCAAACUCUUGGACCUCACAUACAAGUAUAUGGCUCAGGAAUCCACCAUCAAUGAGCUGAAGUCAGAAGUUCUUUUAACAAAGACUGUCAAUGCUAACCAAUCAAGAGUCAUACAUGACCUAGAGGUCAAGGUAAAAGCUCAGGAAACCGUAAUUCAAGAUCUCACUACGAAAUCUCAAACUCAAUCAUCGACUAUAACAGAUCUUACCCUUAAGUUGCUCCGAGAAAGCAAUAAAAAUGACGACAAUGCAUUACGUAUUCAGUCGCUGUCAUCUAAAUACCAAACGCUGGCGACGACAAAAUCAGGUGGCGCACUGUUUGUCCGAUGGGGAAGAAAGACUUGUCCCGACAAUACAACGGACCUUGUAUACUCAGGGUAUGCAGGUGGGUCUAAAUAUUCCAAGGUAGGCGGACCUGCUAAUUUCCUUUGUCUUGUGCCAGAUCCUUAUUUAAUUCCAGAUGUAGGAAGCGGUCAGUAUAUCCAUGGCGUGGAAUAUGAUCACGGAAUAAGCGGAUCAAAAGUAGGACAAAAUGUUCUUUGUUCAGUAUGUAGAAGUAGAACCGAGGAGAGCACACUCAUGCUUCCAGGAAAAUCGUCUUGCUAUCCCGGAUGGAAAAUGCAAUACAGAGGCUUCUUAGCAUCUGGAAAUGAAGCAUUUACAUCUUCCGCAAAUUACAUCUGUUUGGAUGAACAUACAGAUCAAUGGCAAGCAGGAGAUGAGGUGACGUUGGACGGAAAACUCCUGUACACCGUCAGAAUUGCGUGCGGUUCUCUGGCUUGUCCGCCCUAUCAUAAUGACAGAGACGCAACGUGUGUUGUUUGUACCAAAUAACCUUCAAGAUAAUAAAUAAAAAGAAUACAUCAUUGUAA